GGAAAUUGGUCAGCCUCCUUUCCUUUGAUCCAAGGCAUGGGCUGCUUGGGAGGAGUGGAGCCGGCUUGGGAAGGAGUACGACAAAAAGAGGGAAAAUAUGGACAUGGAUAAAACCAGUUAAUAUACGUGUUCCUCGUGCUAAGCGAGUCCAUUAAGUUCAUCAGGUGGCUCAAACUAGUACCACCUUCUUCCUCAUUGUGGUGGCCUCCAAUUUUGCAAGGAAAAGCCCAGAGACUUUGGCAGUCUUCGAGCAAUGUUUCAAAAUGAUUCCGAUUUUUCCAAUAUGCUCCUGGAGUCUGCAAAGAAGCGUCCUGCCAAAUUCAGUCCACGGCAAAAUACUGGUGGCUCAUCUCUGUCUGGUCCCACACCAAAACCCUUGCACCGAAGGCAGGUUCCAGAUCCUGAACAGCAAACUAAGCAGUUCAGUUACACGUCACAGAAAUUGGAACUCAGGCAAGUCAAGCCUAUGGUAUUCCCAAAGGUCAAGCUCAAAGAUAGGAAGGACUCAAACCUCUGUGGGGCCAUUUGCAAGCCACCUUCAUCGGGGGAAGAACCACAGAAACCUCAUCCAAGAUCUUGUCUUUCACCUCAAGGGUCUGAAGGAGCAAGCAGUUCUUUUCGCAACACACUACACAUUUGGGAAAGCGCUUCAGCACAAGGUGACCAGAAAUGUGGUGCGACACCACCACAGUGUGCAAUCAGGACAACUUCUCUUUCCCACCCACAAGUUGUUAAUGUAGCGAUUUCGACAGAGGACAAAACAAAAACAUCUGGACUGAAGCAAGGAAUGGUCCUUGAUGCGUGUAAGCCUCCGUCCAAUGUACACAAUGAAUUUGUUCCUACAACUUCACCUCCGGUUCCUCCAAGAAGUCAUACAAGCUUAAAUAAAGUAGUUGCUGGUUUUUCUCCAAGUAGUUUGAACAAUUUGAACAGUCUAAGCAAGGUCUCAAAUGAAAGAUAUGCUGAUGAUGAAGAUGCCAAGCUUCCAAAAAUCAAGCUCCUUCCUUCUGUCAAAGAGCUUGGUCCUCCUCCAAAGAAGCCACCAAGACCUCCCAAGGUAGAUCUUGGUGCCUUCCAGCAGGAUUUUCCAGAUACUCCAGAUGAUGCAUACUUGACUCCCGAAAUUACUGAACUGGAAGAUUUGAACACCUAUGAAGAAACCAUAUACUACCAGGAACAGCAAGAGAACUGCCCUAACCCUGCUCAACGGCCUAUACACUCUUUCAAGUCUUUGAAAAAGGAAGAUACUAAGAUUUGCAAUCCCAGAAGUGUAUUCAUGAAAUCCCGAAUCAAAGGGAAUGAGAAGAACAUGCCCCAAGAGGAAACAAAUAAGUGUUUGUCUGGAGAAGGAUUGGCAAAGGAUGGAGAUUUUUCAGAUGAUUAUGUAAGCCUGGAAUCUUUAAGAACAGAUGAAGAGAAAUGGAACCCAGUUCUAAGAACUGCUACAUUGGAGCAAACUGCAGAGGAAGUGUAUGACGAUGUGGAAGGAAUAGAGAGAACACUACAAUCCUCUGAUGCCCACAGAUCAUUUGCGUUACAUUCCAAUGAUACCUAUGAAGAAACAUAUGAGGAUAUUCAAAGUGAAAUUCAAUGUGAAGGUUAUAAUUCCUCCAAAUCGGAAAUUUCUGGAAAAGGAAUUAUUCAUUCCAGGAAUUAUAAAAGAGAUAUCAAAAUUGAAAAACUCAAAGGAUUUGGAAAAUUUUUCAAAGGAAAAUUAAAAAUAAAAAGCGCACACAUGAAAGAGAGUUCUCGCAAUCUUUCCCGUUCUGUACCAAACCUAGAUGUCAUGGCCCAGGAAAACUUUGCGUAUAAUGACAUUGACCCAGAACAAAACGAUACAAGAAAUCGCUUUAAAGUCAAGAAAUACAUUGUAGAAAAGAAUAACAAGAUGACAAAGGAGGAACAAUCAUUUAGAGAGAGAUUUAUGUAUAAUAAAGAAAUCACAGUAAUAAAUACGGCAGUCGCACAUUGCUCAAAUACUCCUAUCAGCGGAAACCUGGGCUUGAGGAUCUUGCCUGGAGAACAACUUGAAGUUAUCGACAUCACUGAAGGAAAUCAACUGAUAUGUCGGAAUUCUGAAGGCAAAUAUGGGUAUGUGCUAUUAGAACAUUUGAAUUUCAGGCAUUAGUGCUUUACAACUGAAGGCCAACGCGUUUGACUUUUGGAAGGAUGUUGUAGACACAAUAGAGGGAAAAUUGUAAGACUUUUCAUUGCUUGGGAAAGAAAACAAAAAUGGAAUUAUGGACCACGCACUGAGUCUGAAUUCUUCAGAAGUUUACUACUGCUACUUUUUUGAAUGAUUGUCAGAAAAGUGACUUUUUUGUAUUAGCCCUUGAUGCUCAUGUUAUCCUGUCCAAAAUUUAUCAAUCUGAGUACAGGCCAAGAUACAAAUAACUCAAUAUCAUUGUCUGUAAAAACUUUUUUUUUCCAAACUUUGUUUCAAGUUACAACUCUUCCCAGAGCAGCUCUUUUUCAUGGCAAUUGCAAAUGUCACUUUGGUUCUUUGGAUAUUGUACAGCAAUACUUAGUCUUUGUGUGCAAGACGUACUACCUGCUAUUGACACAUUUUUUUUGGUAUGUAUUUUGUCAAUGUUAGGAGUUUUCACACUUGGCUUUAUAUUUAAUCCUGUAUUUAACCAGUGUAAGAAUUUGUGGACUUAGCAUUUAGAAAAAAAAAUAUUGGGAAUCCAUUUGAUGCACUAUUUUUAAAUGUAAAUAGGAUAAAUAAAGAAUGAAUUGGCAAUUAACACGUUGCUGCUAAUUGUACAGUUUGACACAAAACUUUGCAGAACUUAAAACACAUACUUAGAAGUGUUUACUGUUUCAUUUAUUUGUUUUUUUAGAAAAACAGAAUUGUAUCCAUCUGUGAAUAUUUACCAAUGUAAUGAAUACAGCAAUCAGAGUAAGUUUUCUCUGUGUUGGAAAGUCCUAUUUGCUUUAAAUCUGCUGUCAAAGGAUGGAGACAGAGGACAGGAAAUAUAAACGUGAAGCUCCAUUGUGAAAACAGAUAUUUGCCUGAGCAACUUUGAUGAGGAAAUGGAUUUACAGUCUUCCAUAACAACUUAUGAUCAGGCAAUAGUGUAAAAACUUUGUCCGUACUACUAAUGUCUCUCAACUAAUUCUCAUGAUUUUUGUGACCAAGGAAAAAGCGUCAUUCUGGAUUCUGACUAUGUCAUCAUUGGAGAUAUAUAUAUAUAUAUAGCCAAUGAUGGCUAUCUAUCUAUCUAUCUAUCUAUCUAUCUAUCUAUCUAUCUAUCUAUCUAUCUAUCUAUCUAUCUAUCUAUCUACUUUGUUUGUUUUCUGAGGUUUUCGCAGGUGUUUGUAUGUAGGUCUUUGGUUAUUCGGGUUUUCUCCCAUGUAAUAUUGGAAGUGUCUUGGCGACGUUUCGAUGAAGUCUUAUUCGUCAUCUUCAGGCUGGGUAUCAGUCUGCUGCAUGUAUGGAUUGGAGGGGUUUGAAAGGGCUAAUGAUGCAGUUGCGGUCUGGCUUCUGGUCCGUGGUCAUGCUUCACCAUCGGUGUGGGUUUGAGUCUGCUUUCCACGUGGAUGUGUGGUGGUGAGAUGCUGUGUGGCCCUCAGUGUGGGUCUGGCAUCAUUCCUCAUGUUAGGGACUCGUUUGUCGAUAAGGGCGGGUUUCCAAAUGGCUGAAAGGGGCCCUUUCAAACCCCUCCAAUCCAUACAUGCAGCAGACUGACACCCACCAUGAAGAUGUAGCACAACCACAAACGAGAACCCAAACAACAGCAAUGCAUCUCACCAACUCAAAUCCCCCUGCAACUCAGACUAACCUGAGCACAACCAAGCCCCACCCAAGCAGAACACACCUCCAUCCAAUCAGAGCACAGCCAAGCCUCCAACCAAUCAGAACACAUCUCCACCCAAUCAGAACACAGCCAAGCUCCCAACCAAUCAGUUCAAACACCAUGAGCAGUUAAAAGGAAGAAACAGCUGCGAUCACACAUUGCUCCUAGAAGCACGAAGCUGAAAACACCUGCCUGAAGAUAACGAAUGAGACUUCGUCGAAACGUCGCCAAGACACUUCCAAUAUUACGUGGGAGAAACACACACACACACAUAUACAGGCAGUCCUUGUUUGGACCAUUUGCAGAUCAAGGGAAAAGCGUCAUUCUGGAUUCUGACUAUGCCAUCAUUGGAGAUACAUAUAUAUAUACAUGUACAUGUACUUGUACAUGUAUAUGUACAUAUAUCUCCAAUGAUAGAUGAUAGAUAGAUAGAUAGAUAGAUAGAUAGAUAGAUAGAUAGAUAGAUAGAUAGAUAGAUAGAUAGAUACAGGCAGUCUUUGUUUGUGACCAUUUGCAGUUAUGAUGGUAAAGAAAAAGUAACUUUACAACCAAAUCCUCACAUUAAUGAGCUUCCCGGAUCCGUAAAGCAAAGGAAAGCUGAAGUCAGACCAUAAACACACUCACUGUUUAACUUAACAAAUUGCCAGUUUCUAUUGUGGUCGCUGAAUGAGGACUACCUGUAACAAAUUUGAAUACCGCACAAUUCAAUUUAAUUUAAUGCAAAUUAUAAAUUGAUUACAUGUCAUGUUGUCAGCCAAAUGUCAGUUAUGUGAUGCUUGUGGAGUCAAGUGCAUGGUAAGGCAAUUUUCUCAAGGACCACAUAAGAAACAGGGACUGUUAAGGAGGGCUGCCACACCUGGCCUGGACAGGGACAGCCGAAGGGCCGGAUGUGGCCUAUUAGGUUGUAAAAUGCCCAAGUGUGGUCUAGUACAGGGGUCUCCAAUCUUGUCAACUUUAAGCCUGGAAGACUUCAACUCCCAGCUUUGCUGGCUGGGGAAUUCUGGGAGCUGAAGUCCUCCAGGCUUAAAGCGUUGUGGUCCGCCAGCAGCCUGCGGAGCUGGCAACCGAAUCAGACAGCGAUGAGGCUCAGGAAGAACAUGGGCCAGUCCUGGAGGCCGGGAUGAGAGCUCUGUAUCGGAGGCAGAGGUGGGGCCAGUACCAUCAGGGAGUGUUGUGUGGACUCCAGAGCCUCCAGAGACUGACAGUAGUGAGGCAGAGGAACAGGAGGAGUCUGUUCCUAAUGCAUGCAUGAGAAGAGCUGCCAGAAAGCAAGAGCAGCUAAAGCAGAGGACGACUCGGGAGUAGGGCCAAGAUGAUUGGCCCCUCCCAUAAGGCUUAAAAGACCAGCAACGGCGUUUGGGCUCUUUGCUGGAAAACAACGUUGGUAGUUUUGUCUUGUUGCAUUUGUUUCGUAUCGGGGUCUUCUGAACGUUUGCCAAGAAAGGCCUUUGGCAGUUUGCCUAAUUGGACCAAAGUUGAUGAUAAGGCUGAGGAAUUGUGUUGGGAAGAAUUUGCUUUAAUUUAAUUUGGACUACGCUGAGAAUGAGUUAAUUCUCAGCUGUGCUAAUAAAGUUUGUUUUUACAUUCACUGAGUUUCCUACUUACUACUUGUGCCUAGG